CAGAACCCCUUUCAUCCUGGGCCCAUCGCAUCGAAUUUGUGGUAGUCAUUCUCUUGUCCCCAUGUUCUUGACAGCUCUGAAAGGUCUGGGUGCUUUGACAUCCGCAGCAAGAGUUGCAUCCUCAGCACCCGGUAAAACUUUCUUCCGUGGUGUACAGACAGCCACCACAGCCAUUGAUACAGCAACGAAAGAUUCGGUACGAAAAUUACGUGAGCAGCUUCGAUACUAUGCUGUUGCCGAGAUUGCUGGACGACCAUUCCUUAUUACGAAAAACGACAAGUUGGUGGUCAACCGUCUGAACGAUGUUAAAGUGGGCGAUGUCCUCAAACUCGAUCGCGUACGCGAACUUGGAAGCAAAGACUAUACCCUCAAGGGUUCGCCUUAUGUGAAUGAAACGAUCUAUGACAUUCAGGCUACGGUCAUUGAGCAAACAAAGAGCAAACUGAUCAAGAUUGUCAAGAAAAAGAGAAGAAAGAACUACAAGCGAACCAUUGAACACAAACAAACUCAUACUGUAUUGCGAAUUUCAAAAGUGGAUGUAAACGCAUUGGACUAAAAACUGUACAAUAAAAUAUAAAUACAAG